AUGUCGUCUUACACCGUUCCCCUCUGGAUAGACGGCGAAGCCCUCCCCACAGAUUCACUCACCACCUUCCCCGUAAUCCAAUCCACAACCGGAAACAUUGUACACCACGCCGCAUCAGCAACGACGAAAGAAGCCCUCCGCGCCGUCGAAUCAUCCAAAGCAGCAUUCAAAUCAUGGCGCAAUGCCAAUCACGUCACACGCCGGGAGCUCAUCCUCAAAGCAGCCGCCUACUAUGAGCACCACGCCGACCUCUUCAUAAAGACACAAAUCUCCGAGACAUCGUGCGAUGAAGCGUGGGCUAAGCAGAACCUUGACCUGGCAUGCCGGUACCUACGAGAAAUAGCUGCGGUGGUAAGUAGUGUUAAUGGCACGAUCCCGCAGUUGGAGAAGCCUGGUGUUAUGGGGUUCGUGUUCAAGGAGCCUGUCGGGCCGGUGCUGUGCAUUGCGCCAUGGAAUGCGGCGCUCAUCCUUGCGACGAGGGGUGUUGCGAGUGCGAUCGCUGCGGGAUGUACAGUCGUUUUUAAAGCGAGUGAGCUGAGUCCGAAGACGCACCAUUUGAUUACGCAAGCAUUCGUUGAGGCGGGUGUGCCGAAAGGUGUACUGAACCAAAUACAAACGAGGAGAGAGGACGCAGCCGAGGUGACGGAGGCUAUCAUCGCUCACGAGGCGAUCCGAAAAGUAGAGUUCAUCGGAAGUGCUGCAGUGGGGAGGGUCAUUGGACAAGUAGCAGCGAAGUACUUGAAGCCAGUGUUGAUGGAGCUAGGAGGGAAAGGCCCGGCGGUCGUCCUAGACGAUGCAGACCUGGAAGAAGCUGCGAAGCUGGCUGCUAUGGGUGCUGUCAUCAAUCAUGGUCAGAUAUGCUUCUCGACCGAGCGUAUCAUCGUACACGAAGCUGUGGCGGAAAGAUUCCAGCAGCUGCUCGUCAAAGCAAUGGACAACGCUGGUGGCCACGCGGGCUCCGCGGUCAGCUCAGGCAUCGGUAAACACGCAAAUGAUGUGCUCCGCGACGUGGAGAGUUCAGGCGAGAAGUUCCUUAUGGGUGGUCCUUCGGACUCGGAUAUCCAACUCCGCCCGACCAUCGUCCUCAACCCUUCCACGUCCCGCAUCGUCGAUGAAGAGACAUUUGGCCCCUCUGCCUCGCUGUAUGUUGUCUCUUCCGACGAAGCUGCUAUUGAGCUCGCCAAUCGUUCUGCUUACGGUCUCAACGCGACCAUAUGGUCGAACAACAUGGAACGUGCUUUGAAGAUGUCGCGGCAGCUGGAGUAUGGGCAGGUCCAUAUCAACAGUAUCAGCGUAUACACGAGUCCGACAGCGAGCCAGGGUGGAGUCAAGGGGUCUGGGUUCGGACGGCAAAACGGAAAGUGGGGCAUAGAAGAAUUUCUGCUGGACAAGUUUGUUAGCUGGCACGGGAAGGUGUGA